AUGAGGUCACAAUCCAAGAUGGCGCUCCCCGUGCGGACUAACAUGAAACAUCUCUUCAGAUUCAUUCACAAGUUUAAUUCUCCUAAAAGGUUCCUGUGCUCUGCAGCGUGCACGAGGAACAAGGAGCCUUCGGGAGGUGGCCGGGUAUUCUCGGGGAUCCAGCCAACCGGGGUGCCCCACCUGGGCAACUACCUGGGUGCCCUGGAAAACUGGGUGGCCCUGCAGAACCAGUAUCCUUCAGUGCUCUACAGCAUUGUGGACCUGCACUCCAUCACACAGCAUCAGGAUCCGGCACAACUCAGGAGUAACAUCCUGGACAUGGCAGCCAGCCUGCUGGCCUGUGGCAUCGACCCAGAGAGGGCAAUACUCUUCCAGCAGUCUCAGGUGUCCGAGCACGCUGAGCUCUCCUGGAUCCUCGGUUGUCUGACCAGCAUGCCCCGCCUCCGACAUCUGCCGCAGUGGAAGAUGAAGAGCAAACUAAAGAAUGAAGGCAGUGUUGGUCUCUUCACGUAUCCUGUCCUCCAGGCUGCUGAUAUUCUCCUCUACAAGUCCACUCACGUCCCCGUCGGAGAGGAUCAGGUCCAGCAUUUGGAGCUGGCUCAGGAUCUCGCUCGAAUCUUCAACAACCGCUACGGAGACCUGUUCCCUGAACCCGGCGCCCUGCUCAGCUCCACGCGAAAGGUCAAAUCCCUCCGCAACCCUUCCGCCAAAAUGUCCAAAUCUGACCCCCAAACGAUGGCGACUAUUAGCAUCACAGACUCUCCCGAUGACAUCGCCCUCAAGGUUCGCCGUGCCGUCACUGACUUCACCUCGGAGGUGACCUUUGACCCGGAGACGCGGCCGGGCGUGUCCAACCUGGUGACGAUCUACGCUGCCAUGGCGAUGAUCAGUGUGGAGGAGGCGGUGUCCCAGGCGGGAGAGUUGGACACGGCGGCCUUUAAGAAGCUCGUCACUGAGGCCGUGAUCCAGAGGUUGGCGCCCAUCAGGGAGGAGAUCGAGCGGCUGAGGUCGGACCGCGCUCACCUGGAGGCAGUGCUGGCUCGGGGGAGCUGCAGGGCGCGGGAGCUCGCCGCGCCGGUCCUCAGAGAAGUCCGGCAGCGAGUGGGCUUCUCCUGAGAGGCAGCUGGAGAGUAAAGCCACACUGCAGGCUGUGACGCUGAACUGCUGCUGAAACCCAACUGUACUCAGUGACCUUGAACUUCUCCAGGUUAUUCAAGGCCGUUACACAUGUGAUGGCAAAAUGUGUUGAAAUCAAUGUGGAACGGACUCGACAGCAGUUUGUGUCCAGACGGCCGGCGACCUUCUCGUUAAGCUGCAAAAGCAAAAGAUUUCAAUUUCAGAUUGUAAUUAUUGAUGCAUUAAUGUGUUCAUCACUUUAAAGUUAAAGUGGAGCUCAUGUGAACUACUUUAAAUUCUGCUGGUUAGUUUAAUUUACAAUAUUAUAUCAGUAUUUAUUGGAUUUGAUAUUAAUAAUCUAAAUCUAAUAGUAAUAAAGCUUUAAAAUAAAUCUCGUGGAAUAAAAAGUUUAAUAUUUGUGGAGUAGAAGUAUAAAGCUGCAUAACAUGGAAGUAUUCAAGUACAAUGUUGAGGUACUUGUACUCUUUGUACUUGAGUAAAUGUACUUAGUUACAACAAAUGUUGGUAAGUUACUCGUGAGGAUCGAUGUGCAGCCAGAGAAGUUUCUUCUUUAUCGCUUGUUCAUUUUAAAGGUGCAGUACGGAGAUGUUGACUGUUGACUGUACGGAUGUGCAUCGUGCAGAGUGUGAAAUAAAAGCAGUGACACGUCCCCUCAGUGUGCGUGUGCGUGUGCGUGCGCGUGUGGGUGUGUGUACUUUAUUUUGUGUA